AAUCAAACUUAAUUUUUUUUAGUUUUAUACAUUCUAAUAAUGUGUAUAAUUUCUUGUUUUAAUUCUUCAUUCACAACUAUGUAACUGAUGCUUUGGUUCGUUUGAGUGUAAACACCCAAGCAAAAAUUUAAUAAGCGAUAUAAGAGUUAAUUCAUAGAGGCGGAUCCAAAGUCAGUGACGGAUCGUGAAUUCAAGUGCCCAGCGCUUUAAUGUUUCUAACCUCCAAUUACAAAAUAGUUUCUUUCAUUUUUUUUCUUUUUUUUUCUUUUUGGUUCAUUGAAUUACGUUUUAUCGAACUGCUCAUUCUCGUCAUCUAGAAUCUCCUUUCGAUUCUCGAAAUGAACGUGUCUUAUACAUAGAAAAUACAUCGUUCUCUGGAGUCAUGAAAGCGUAUUAUAUUUCGCCAACGGUAGUGGUACAGUCGUUUAAAUUUUCCAUUUAUGUGGCACAGAGGCGCACACACAUUAAAGCGCAAAUACGUAAAUGUCAGUCAUACGGCUAAGCAGAUCGGUAUAGGUAUGUGACCGGGUGUAAUCAAAUAAUUUUGAAAUAAGGAGGCGAAAAACUGUCACACCAGUAAUUACAGUUGAAAUUACUAUUAGUACAUGUACUUACAAUGGAGGGCCACCAGGUAAGGGCGUUAUACGAUUUCACAGGAGAACCAGGAACAGCAGAGUUGUCUAUCACAGCAGGAGAAAUGUUGACUGUUAUGAGAGAUAAUGUAGGCGAUGGAUGGUGUGAAGGUUUCAAUCAGAGUGGAAAGUCUGGAUUAUUUCCAGCAGCAUAUGUUCAAAAUGUCGACACUACUGCGCCAAAUGCAAUGACGUCAUCACAACAGAGUUCAGGAGAUUACUGGGACGAUGAAUGGGACGAUGAUUCCGAAAUCGGUCAAACACAAGCGUAUGUCCCUCAACAGCAGCAGCAACAACAUAUGAUACAAUUGCCACAGCAUCAUACUGUCGAUUAUGGGGAUUCAGUUUCUAUGCAUACUAUUCAUUCUGUGAUACCUGAAAGGCCUAUACCCAACAUACCAAAGAAAAACAAUAAAUUUUCUACAUUAAUAAAGUCAGGAGAAGAUAGUUUUUUAUUAGGAAUGAGGGUAGCAAAUGUUCCUGAAAAUGAAAAAAUAUAUAUCGAAGAAAUUGAAGGUGGACAUUAUGGAUGGUCUUCAAGAGGAGAAUCUUAUAACUGUGUAGUUACAUCUCCUAAAAAAGAAUCCAAACUAAAGGGUCUUAAGAGCUUCAUAGUUUAUCAACUUACGCCAACGUUUAAUAAUAUUCAAGUUUCAAGAAGAUAUAAACAUUUUGAUUGGCUGCACGAACGUUUAGAAGAAAAAUAUUGCUUUAUUCCUAUUCCACCAUUACCAGAUAAACAAAUAUCAGGGAGAUAUGAUGAACAAUUUAUCGAACAUCGACGCACACAGCUACAAGAAUUCGUUGAUUACGUUUGUAGGCAUCCUGUGCUGGCACGUAGUCGCGUCUGGGAACAUUUUAUAACUUGCACAGAUGAAAAAAGAUGGAAGGCUGGGAAAAGGCAGGCUGAAAAAGAUGAAUUAUUAGGUGUAAAUUACUUUUAUGCCGUCCAAUGCCCUGAAACAAUUUUGGACGUUAUAAAAGUGGAAAUUCAAACUGAUGCUUUUAGUAGAUUUAUAAGUGGACUGGAUCCAGUAGUUAAGAAUUUUAUGGCUAUGGCUGUUGAUCAAACAAAAAAAAGUCUUCUUUACAAGAGAGAAUUUCAGAAAAUUGGUCAAAGCUUUAGCGCAUUAAGCCACGCAUUAGAAGGCGACGAUAGAAGUCGAGGAAGAUUAACUUAUGCGUUAAAAAUAACGGGAGACGCUUAUAACGAUAUAGGCAAGUUAUACGAAGAGCAGCCUAAAUUUGAUUGGGAACCUCUAUCUGAUAAAUUUCAUAUUUAUAGAGGAAUUAUCAGUAGUUUUCCAGAUGUAAUUAGCAUACAUAAGACUGCUGUACAAAAACGGAAAGAUUACGAAAAGCUAGUAAGUGAACACAAAAUGGAGCCACAACAAUUGCGAGAUUUGUCUCAUCGAACCGAUGUAAUAGCACGAGCUCUUCUCGCUGAAGAAACGCAUUUUCAGACGGAGCAAGAGGUCCAUUUAACUCAAGCAAUGAAAACGCAUCUUGCGGAGCAAAUCAAAUUUUAUCAGAAAAUUGUAGAUAAAUUACGAGAAGCGUUAAAUGCAUACGAGGGUUAAAAUAUGUGUAUUUAAUGUAAUGUAAGGUUGUCUCGUUUAUCAUAUCUUUUGGUAAAGUAUAUAAUAUUCAAAAUGAUAAUUUAGUUGAAAAUGCAUGAACUGUAUGAGAUUAGAAGAAACACUUUACGUUGAAUUAUUGAUAAGCGUUGAUUACAGAAGGAUUAUGCAAAUUACAUAGAAGGGGCCAACAGUUUAUUUCCAGGUAUUACUACCAAACACCUAACAUAUACAGAAAUUUGCAAGUAUAUUUUCUAUGUAUAGUAUUUUUUCACACCUGUUUUCAGUUGUAUAACUGGAUGUGGUUAAGACAACCAAUCAAAGAAAUGAUAUUAAGCUCGGUUAAAAUAAGAGUGAAAUACAACUUCGAGAAAUAAAGAAGUUAAUCAACUAAACGAUAUUAUUAACGAUGCAUAGUAAUAUAUUGAAUGUCAAUGUUAAUAUUAAUAUUAAUCAUGUGGCUGCUAUUCGAAAAUUUGUAGAAUCAUUACUCAAUUUUUUUUUCUUCGCAUAUUUCAAUUAUUCUAAC